AAAUGGCGGCUGCGAAGGAUGCUGUUGUUAUUAUUUUGGAUGUGGGCCCUUCGAUGUGCCAGGCCCUCCCUGGCCAUUCCACCUCACUUGAGAUAUCAGUCAAGGCUGUCAACAUGAUUGUACAAAGAAAGAUGUUUGCAAAUACAAAAGAUGAAUUUGCUUUAGUUCUGUUUGGUACUGAAGGAACAUCAAACCAAUUGAAUGAAAGUGAUGGGGAAUAUGAGAAUAUUACUGUGGCUCGCAGACUUGGUUUGCCUGAUUUAGAACUGCUUCGUUUUAUCCAUGAUCAGAUAACCCCUGGUAAUGUUGAAACAGACUUCAUUGAUGCCAUCGUGGUUGGUGUGGAUUUGUUGCGAGAACAGACAGUAGGAAAGAAGUGUGAAAAAAAGAUAUAUUUAUUCACUGAUCUUGGUUCACCAUUUGGAAACGAUCAGUUGGAGACCAUCACAGAAGGCCUCAAAAGCUUGCAAGUCCACUUGACAUUAAUAGGACCUGAUCUUUAUGAUGAUGAGGAUGAGAGAACUUGUGCCACAGAUGGAAGUGGACCUUCAACUUCAGUUCCAGAUCGCAGAAAAGAAAGAACACCACAGCAGGUGGCAGGGGAAAACUGUAUGAGACAAAUGUUGGAGGCUUUAGAUGGCGAGACAUAUUCCUUUAGUCAUGUUCUACCGAUGCUGAGCUUUUUCCAGACAAGAUCAAUCAAACAAACCACUGUGUUUAGAGGACCUCUGGAGAUUGGCUCUCAGCUGAAAAUAAAUGUUUAUGGGUACAAUAGGGUAAGGGAGGAGAAGUUACCACCCUGGAAGAAGUUGUCAGCUGUUUCUCAAAUGUCUCCUAACCCUGACACAAUGGAAGUACAGAUGCAACGGUCAUAUCACUUGAUUGAUGAAGAUGAUACUGAAGUUGACAAAGAAAAUGUAGCCCAAGGGUACCGGUAUGGAAAGACAUUGGUUCCCUUGACCAAAAUUGACAAAGAGAGCAUGAAACUCUCCACAGAAAGAUGUUUAUCCUUACUCUGUUUCACUUCCAAUGAAAAUGUCCAGAGAUAUCAGUAUGUUGGAGAUAAUGUAAUAGCCUUUGUUCCACAGCCAGGUGAUCAGCAUGCUGCAGUUGCACUCUCAGCGCUGAUAAAUGGCAUGUAUGAGCUGAACACUGUUGCAAUUGUAAGAUAUUGCAGAGUGAAAAAUGCUCCACCCAAGCUGGGCUUCUUGGCUCCACACAUUAAACAGGACUAUGAGUGCCUCCUUUUCACAGCUUUGCCAUUUUUAGAAGAUCUACGUCAGUUUGCCUUUGCACCCCUUGAUGCUAACAAGAAAUGGGAACCAUCUGGAGAGCAACAAGAUGCUGUGGAUAAUCUCAUCACUGCAAUGGAUUUAACAGAUGCUCAACGUGAUGAGGAUGGGCAGGCCACAGAGGCACUUAAAUGUAGCAGAACUUUUAACCCUGCUCGACAAAGAGUUUUCCAGUGCAUUCAACAUCGUGCUCUUAACCCAGAUGAUCCAUCAUUACCAGAUUUAGAUCCUGUGAUUGCAAGUUAUUUGGAGCCAAGCACAGAGUUCAAAGCAAGAUGUGCUCCUGAGUGUAUGAAAAUUAAGGAUAUGUUCCGCCUUGAAAAAAUUGAAAAAAAGAAAGAGUACACAGCUGAACACAUAUUCAAACCAAUUGUAGACAAGCCAAAUGGAGAACCGUCAACCAGCAGAACAAAUGCUUUUGAUGAAACUGACUUCAGUAUGGCAAGUUUGGCAAGAGGGCCGAUCACUAAGGUUGGAACAGUUGAUCCAGUGGGAGACUUCCGUACUCUCAUCACCAGACGGGAUGAAGACAGGUUUGAUGAAGCUGCCAAACAAAUGAGAGAGUGUAUUGUGCAGCUGGUGUUAGAUGCAUUUGGAGAUCAGUUUUAUUCAAAGGCCCUUCAGUGUGUAAAUGUGCUGAGAGAGGAGGCUAUCAAGGCUGGGGAAUCUUUGAUGUUUAACACAUUUCUGCAAGAGUUGAAAGAGAAGAUUGUCAAUAAAUUAGGCCAUAGAUUUUGGCUUCUGAUAGUGAAAAAGGAAGUAACCUUAAUUAGUCAAACUGAAUCUCCAGAUAGUAAUGUCACAGACAAUCAAGCUAAAGAGUUUUUAGAAGGUCAUGAUGGUGCUGUUGAAAAGGAAGAACGUCCAGCCAAUGAUUAUACAGACGAUGCUGAGGAUCUUCUUGAGCUGAUGGAAUGAGAUUGAUCCAGAAGAGGAUUGUGCUG